AUGGUGGAAACAAGAGCUCAGGCAAGAGCACGGGCUGCUGCGCCUGGACAGGCCAGUACCAGCAGUGCACCCAAGAAGCAGGCAAAAAGCAAAGCACCAGCACAGAGUCAGUCCAACGACGGUGCUAAGCAGAAGACUCGAUCAGGACGUAAAGCACCAGGAAGAACCAAAACACAAUCUAAAACAUCAGGGAAGGCUCAGUCCAAAUCCAAAUCCAAACCUUCCUCGAAGAAAAAGGGCGUUAAGAAAGGAUGCCCAGCUGCUGCGGACGAUGGGGACGGAGCACAAGGGUCAGCAGCAACUCCUCCUGCUGGGGGAGGAAACGGUCCGAUCCCUAGUCCGACUACAUCAGAGGGGCCAGAGUUCGCCACGCCUUUGAGGGCGCCUCGGGAGGCUAUCGCCGCCACCAGGUCAAGGGUACACUCGGAUCUAGGAAAGGGGUUUAUGAAUCCAGGUCGUCUUUGCUAUCGCAAUGCCACUAUCGUCAUGUUACUGCACAGCAACAGAUUCAUGUCCUGGAUUGAAAACCGGCACAUUCCCAAUCUGACGGGGGCUGGAUUGAGGAUCAAGACUUACAGCAAACCGUUCAUCGACGCAAUGCUUGGGGUGGAGUCUGACGACGAGCAAAGCAACGAUGAAGCAGCGACAUCAUUGCCCAACGAUUAUACCGAUGUGUGGUGUGAAUUGUUUCAACUGAGCAGAGCCUAUUGGGACGAAAGCCGGAUUCACCAACAGACCAUCGACAAUGCCAUGGCUGUCUUUUGGGACUAUGUUACAGAUCGUCACCGCGAUAAGGAAAUGAGAACCACAACCAUUGAUGUGGAUGACAGAUUCACGACCAAAAUGAAGGAAGCCAAUGAAGAUCAGUGCGCUUCCGAAUUCCUGGGUUGGCUGAUCAACCUCAGCGUUGAGCAGCUCAGAUACUUCAUCAACAAAAAGGUGAACCGUCGUAGAAGCAGACUGGACCAAGCGACCCUGGACAAAGUCGUUGACCUGGUCCAUGUAAAUAUACAUGAACUGUUGCGAGUCACCCAGACACAACGUGCCCGGUGCAUGCAGUGCGGCUCCAUUCACAACGUCAAAACCCGUUUCUCAACGCUUGAUGAGCAGACGAUACUAUCCCUCCCGUUGCCAGCCUCGGCCGAUGGCCGUGUGCCAGUGACGCUGGAAGACUGCCUUGUGAAGAAUUCCAAGGACGAUUUCGAAUGGCGCUGCAGCACCUGCAGCAACGACACGGCGAAUCGCAACGCAGACAAUGAAAACGGCGCCAUCUGGAGGAAGAUCUACUCUCCCCCUGAUGUCUUGUUUGUGCAGCUCCAACGCUUCCGACCGCGACGCGGGAGAAAUGGGAAUGUGGUGAUUGACAGUGGAGGAAACAUGACGUGGGAAAAAGACGACACACAGGUGACAGUCCCAGAGGAGCUGGACCUAACCCCGUUCCUCGAGACGCGAGGGGAGCCUGCCAACAUCUCGGCCAAGUACCGGCUGGAGGCCAUUGUGAACCACCAAGGUGACAAAGAUCAAGGUCACUAUAUCGGCUACGUCCGCCGCGGAGACAGCUGGUACGUGUUCAACGAUGCGUUGAAGGUCAAGAAGACCUCUUUCAAAGACAUUCUCAAGCACAAGGGAGACUUCACGCCCUAUGUGCUUCUAUACGAAAGGGUCGUCGACGACCAGGCGGACGGCAGUGACGAGGACCAAGCAACGUCUUCGAGCGGUGUUGGUGGUUCACAGGGUGACGCGAACGCGAGACACACGGGCAAUGGAGAGGGCGGCAAUAACCACGAUAAGAGCGGUAGAAACGACGGUAGCCAGAGCAGAGGCAGCCAGCCUCCCGCCAACGGGGCGCAAGACGGUCGCCAAUCUUCAUCUGCCCAACUCAAGGUUGCCGUGAACAAAGAGGCCCGUCCAGGACGGUUGCUCAUCGACAUCAAGGCAAACUUCGGUCAGUACGAGAUCUAUCUCCCAACGUUCGUCCUGGAAAAUUAUGUGCCUAGCUCCGACAAAGGCAAUGGCGCCAGCAUCCACAUGGAUCUGAGUGACUCCACAGGACCAAUUGCAGAGAUCGCGGGAGGCGGUUCGUUCGGGGACUAUACAACAGGCGAAACUGGAUUCGCUCCUAUCAUCUCGUUGAGACCCUCUAUGGAGGCUGGGCGGACGCUCUGCUCAGCGAGGGGAGUCAGCGUUGACCGCGACGGCCAGCGGCAGUUCAAAAGGUCUGACAGCGGCGAUACUGAAUUGGAUCCUGCGCUUCUUCCCGACGUUCCGACGCACAGUCCCCUCCGAGAUCUUCCUGACGCUCCAAAGCACAGUCCCUGCCAACAUCGUCCCCCGGCUCAUGAUGGCGGACUCGGCAACGCACGCCAGAAUCGCAAGGCCAGCUCCCCUCGGGACGUUCGACAAUCGCCGCGUGAGGACGGAGCGCCCCUCUUCUACCAGGAGACCAUCAAGCAGGGUCUACACUCAAUGGUCCUCCCCAACUACCAGGCGGAAAUUGCGGCGCUGAAGACCCAGCUUGUCGAGUACGAGGACUUGCUGGAGGACACGGCCGAGCAUGACGAGGCGCGGACGCGCCUUUGGCACUACAGGGAGGCGUCCUUGCUAGACACGCACAAGAAACAGCAGGAGUUGAUCGUGGCGUUGGAAGAUGAGGUCCGCCUCCUCCGGGAACACUGUGCAUUUCAAUAUUACAACCCGCGAGGAGCCGGGAUCGGUCUCGGGAUAUAUGGGGUUGACACCGCGGAGCAAAGCGGCCAGGGCACCACGGGAGCAGGACAGAAGAGAACAUUCGGUCAGGUCGACGAGGACGUCCAACAGGUCGGCAGCGACGCUCAGGCACAGGUGAGAGCAUCCAAGAGGCCCAAGAUCUCCAGCAGCAGCCCCGAUGUGGCAGUGGGCGAUGAGGAUCCCUUCACUGAGCCCAUCGACUACGACUCGCGUGAUCUGACUGAGCUGCACUACGACUCGGCAGGAGGCCGUCUCUACUCCGAGGAGGAUGGAGCUGAUGGGGGCAUGGACAUGCUUGACGAGGAUGACUCGGUGGACGACGACAGCGACGGCGACGGCGACGGCGACGGCGACGGUGACAGUGACAGUGACAGUGACAGUGACAGUGACAGUGACGACGUCGACGGCCCGCCUCCCAACCCCCAAGGCCAGCAGGGAGAAAGCCCCCUCCCGGACUACGAGGACAUGGUCCCCGAGGACGAACAGUACGAUGCCUCGACCGAGACGUCGCCGCAGCGCUGGUGGUACGGCAACUACGACCCGCGGAUGGCGAUGGCCUCGCCCUCGCCCUCGCGCCGCUUCCCCUCGACGCCGACCCGCGUGAUGCCGAGGCCGAGCACGCCGUGGGCACCGCGCACGCCGACGAGGCCGAUCACGACGUCGCGACUCAGCCCGCUCCAGAUCCGGCACACGCCGGGCCAGGGCCGCGUCGACGGCCGCGUCAGGAGCAGCCCUCGCCACUACCAGACGGGCGGCGGCAGCAGCGUCGGCGCGGGUCCUGGGUUUCGGAUCAGCCUCGACCAGGACGGGUUGCCGUUCUACACCGAAUCAUGAAGCGGGCAGGCGGGUGGUCGGUCAACUAUCCACUAUGUAGAUCUGGGUAAUAGCUCGAACGAAAACCGAUACAUCCAUACCAGUGUGUGGGCUGGUCUCAUGGACAAAGCAGGGAGGAUGGUAAUAUACUAGGCAGGGACGGCAUGAGAUAUGUAUUUUAAAGGGAAGGGAAGGGAUCGUAUACACUGCGCUAUUGUUGCUGCUGAUGUGCUGAUGAUGAGUUUGCAUAUAUGCCUGCUUUACUUAUACGCCUCUGUUUA